AGGAAAGCAAGUCCCCGUCACUGAAAAAGCGAGGCAGUAUUAUGUUUCCGCAUAUUCUCUGCCGAUCCGCAAAAAUCCGUGUCAUUCCUUUGCUCCAGCGAACCGCUGCAGGCCCCGUCCCCAGCCAGCCGAGCAUCUCGCUCUUGAGCCCGCGACCCGUACGCUCAACUGUUGUCUUUCUCGUCUUUCUCCUCUUCCUUUCCUCUCUCUCCCUUCCCUCCGAAGUGCCCAUGAUUCUCGCUUCGCCACCUGCUCGCCUUUUCUCCUGUUUCUAUCGCCGUUUUUUCUUCCUGUUCGCGCGUAGGAGCUUCUUCUGAUCGACGACUUGUCUCCAGUUGGGGGUUUACCCAUGCGUCUCUCGUUCCUCUCUGUCUCCUUCUUUGGUUGGUCAGUCGCGUUUCGCCUCACCUGACUCGCCGUCCUGUUCCCUCCGAAAAACGCGUUACAUUUCUUUCCCCCAGAAGCGCGUUUCUGACUGUUUUGCCGUCCUUUACGUUGCUUCACACCAGAGAAGGUUUGGGCGUCGACAGAAAAGUGGGGAACCGUUUGAAAGAAUAGACGAAGAUGACGCAGAAGGAGAAACAUAAGAAAGCUGCAAUUCUCUGUCCUAGAGCGGAACGCACAGAGAAAACCAGUCUCGUACAGAAAGUCAAAAGGAAGUAUCGGGAGCAGGGGACAGCUUCUGCACAGGAUUCGUCGUCUGCUGUGUCUACUGUAUCUCGUAGCGCAUCUGUUUUUCUUCCUUCUGCCUCAAAGAAGAAGCGGAAAUUGGGGUCCGACACCCGGGGAGGUCUCCCUGGAGUCACAAACGCGAGACAGCCCCCUCAGUCUCCUACCUCUUCCAGCUCCCCUUCGGAUCAGCCACGUUCUCUGGCUGCUUCCUCCGUGACAAAGAAAUCUCGGAAAAACAAGUUGGCCGCUCCUCACACACAGGCUGCUGAAGGGCCUGCAGACCACAAGACGGCAGACGUUUCUGAAGAAGGGAAGAAAUCUAAGGACUCUAGAAAAGAAAUCGACGACCUCUUUGCAGAUGUGAUGCAAGCGGGGAAGAAACAAGAUGGACAGAAAAGGGAAAAGAGAAAAGAGACAGCGCACAGCAAGGCUGGGCAGAAGAAGAAGCGACGACCAUUGACCUUUGAUGAGGACAUGGGCCUCAACCAGCGCGCGAUCAACCGAACGGCCGAUGGCUUACGGAUCUACACAGAGGAAGAACUUGGCAUAGGCAAAGGUGGAGGAACUCCUGAGUGUCCAUUUGACUGCUCGUGCUGUUUCUAAUCGAACUUGUCGAUGCACCUUCGUUUCACGAGCCAAACAAAUAGGAGAGCGCGAGGCAGGGAGUAUCAGCGAAAUAGGCGCUUUUGCAAUGAGCUCUGUAGAGUUUCUGCCGCGGGAGAGUUUCUGUCAGUUCCUUCUCUAUGGUUGUUGCUGUGUCUUUUCUACAUCGUAGUCGACCUUUUCGAUCUCUGAUAAGGAUCAAAGUUCCUUUCACUUUCGCCAGAAAAAGGAAAUCGGGACGACCUCUCAACUGUUUGUCAAAGAAGACCACACGUCGCAGCGCCUUUAACUCUUGUCUUCCUGGAGAGUCUCCACUUUGUCUCAUUCACGCG